AAACAACAGAGGCUAGUCCCUUCACCGGCGUAUUUAUCAUGACUAUAUGGUAUAUACAUUAAAUUAGCUGGAAGGUAACGGCAUAGUGGCAGCACAGUUAAAUGUUUAACGUGUAAUUAAGCGAUAAUGUCUUCAGUUCAGUGUUUGAGAGAGUUCAUCAAUGAACGACUAACUGCUGCUGCUGAAGAAAUAUUCGGAGUUUUUCAAAAAACUAUCGUGGAGUACGAAGAAGAGAUUGAUCGUCAGCGCAGACUGCUGGAUAUCGUUUGGAAACCAGAAAUUAUUUUAAACAGGAUAGAGCUCCCACAGCAACAUGUCUGUAAGGAGGAGGAGGUUCUCGCUGACCAGAAGCUCUAUAACCAGGAAAGGAGCUCCAGUCUGGACCAAGAGGACCCAGAGCCUCCACAGAUUAAAAAGGAACAGGAGGAACUCUGCACCAGUCUGGAGGGAGAGCAGCUGGUACUGAAGCAGGAGACUGAAACCUUUAUGUUGACUCCUACUUGUGAGGAAAGUGACAACGGUGAAGAUCAGACUCUGGACUUGAGUCCUGAUGAAACUGAGAGUGCAACAGAGAAAGAGCAUGUUGUCAGCAUGUCAAUUAAAAGCUUAGUGGUACCAGAACCAAACAGUGACAACCAGCUCCUCCCUCACAACUCUCAUGUAGCUGAGAGCCAAGAUCACAAAGGAGGCAAACAAGGAGACUCAAGAUCAACUAGAAAUACAGAGACAAAACCACAGAGGAGACAUCAUAACAGCAACAGUCACAUGAACAGUCAAUACAACUCUACCACAUUAAAGAUUCACAGUAAUAGGAAAUGGAAAAAGUCUUUAAAAUGUAACACUUGUGGGAAAACUUUUCAGUACAAGUCCAAAUUGGAUAGACACCAGAGAAUACACACAGGCGAGAAGCCGUACGUUUGCAACACCUGCGAGAAAAGAUUCAGUUCAGCAUCAGCACUGAGCGCUCAUUUAACAAUCCACACCGGUGAGAAGCCAUAUUCUUGUCAAAUAUGUGGGAAGGAUUUCAGAUGUAAUGAUGGCUUGAUGGUCCACAUGAGAACCCACACAGGUGAGAAACCGUACAUGUGCAACACAUGUGGGAAAAGGUUCGGUCACUCGUCAAACUUUACAAAGCACAAAAGAACACACACUGGUGAGAAGCCGUAUUUUUGUGACACCUGUGGGAAGAGAUUUUGUAAAAGGUCAGGAUUGAAAAAGCAUUUGACAAUCCACACAGGUGAGAACCCUUAUCUUUGCAACACCUGCGGGAAGAGAUUCUGUUCGACGUCGGCGUUGAACGUUCAUUUAACAGUCCACGCAGAUGCUAAGCCGUAUUCUUGCAAAUAUGUGGGAGAGAUUUCAGAUGUAAUGAUGGGUUAUUGGUCCCCAUGAGAACCCACACGUGAGAAACCGUACCUUUGCAACACCUGUGGGAAAAGAUUCGGUCACUUGUUAAACUUGAUAAAAAAACAAAACAAUACAUACAGAUGAGAAGCCAUAUUCUUGCGAAAUGUGUGAAAGAUUUCAGAUUUACUAAUGUAUCGUUGGUCCACAUGAGAACCCACACAGGUUAGAAGCUGUACCUUUGCAAAACCGUAAUGUUCGUAAUGUUCACGUGUAAUGGCAGCUGUUCUGGUGCUGCUGGAGAACCUUGCCAGUACAACACAAUUGGUGAAACAUAAUUUCUUCUUUCCUGUUUGUUUCAUUUAGAGGUCUAAAUACUGCUGGAGCAGGCAGCAGUAUGAUAUGAAAAUAGUUAAGGCCAUGUCUUCAACCAGUGAUGGCUAAUUCUAGGAGUGAAAAUGAGGCUUGUGCACAUGCACCUAGUUCCACAAUGUUUUGGGUUUAUAAAACAAAACCACAAGUACACAGAGCUUCAUAAAUCCACCGAAAGGAAUCCAUGUUUCUGUCUAUUUGUGUUCACACAGUUUUAUGCAUCAGGCCCCAGGUCUGAAGACUGCAUGAGGUGCGCAUGUUCUCACCAGACAUUUUGUGUUCAUAAAUUGCAAGUUUAUGUGUUGUAUGCAUGUUUUUUUAUGCGUACCCAUCGUUUAUACCUACGGCGAGAAGGAGAAUCUUGCUCUACUCUUUCACCCGAUCAAUAUUCUGUCACAGCAGUAAAGAAACUUUUUAAGGUCAAAUCCUUUCCUGUCCCAUUCCAGGAGUAUUUGGAGUAAAAUCCAGAGGUUGGUAGCAAUGUUAAAUUUUAAACAAGCUUCUCUCUUGUUUAACCCUUAAAUAAAAAUAGGCAAAAGGAUGACAUAAUGGAAACAACUGCAACCAAAAGGAGGAAAUAGAAACACUGAUUUAUUUAUUUUUUUAAUUUAAUGGAGAAAUGCAACCUUGGAGACAAUGGAAACUUGAAAAUAUUUCCAGUUAACGGUAUUGCAUUUGCACUUGGUGAUACAAGUAGCAAUGUUCAGAGGAUCUGGUAAAGGGAUCUUGGUUGUAAUAUUGAUGAUAAGAAAUUAUUAAUGAUAUUAUCAAAUGUGGGCAAACACUUCAGAGCAGUUAGGAGGGAAUGUAUUCAGUAUAAAGUUUGACAAGGAUAUUACUGGACACUGUCUAGGCUUCAUAUGAUGGAGUUAAUGAAUGACAAUAAACGUUGGAUGUUUUGUACAUAUG